AUGUACGGAACAAUGACCGCAGGGGCUGCUGGUAGCGGUGGAAAUGGCCUCCCUCCCAACGGACAACAACCCGCCGGAACUCGCGCUCCGCGCCUUUUGACCCGGUUCACAAAGGAGGAGUUGAAGAGACUACGGGUCAUUUUUGCCACUACGCCAAACCCGACCGAGGCCGAAAUCAAGUCGAUGAACACAACCGACUUUGGUGGAAAGUACGAGGUCAACAAGUUCAAGAUGUGGUUCUGGCAUGAACGAAACAAGGCGGUACAAGCAGCUAUCCCAAAGUCCCAAGUCGCUCGUCCUAUGAAUUCAGUUGUCCCAGAGUCCCAGGUUGCUCAUUCAAUGAGUCCACCACCACGAGGGCAUCCCCGUCCCAGCACCUUUGCCCGACAAGGAUUCGCUUACAAGGGACCAUAUGACGCCGAUUUUGUUGAGGCACCCUCUGCUGCUGGCUUCAACGACGCUCAGCUGGACAUCCUACACGACGAGCUUCUGAAGUACCCGAAGAAGCAUCUCAAAGUCCCAAGCGAUAGAGACGAGAAUCUAGCAGAGAUGACCGGUUUGUCGAAGAUGGAGGUUUCGAACUUCUUCUAUUACCAUCUGGAUAAUCUGGAGAACAUGGCAAGAUCCUCGGCACGAGCCUCUGGCCCCGCUCCACCAGUGUUCUCCUGUCCCGCUCCUCUUCCACCAAACGACCAAGUCAACGAGCGAGCCAAGAAGUUGCUCGAUGACGACUCUGAAUAA